UAUCAACUCGUUUUAGCUAGUAGGCUGACAACAGUCGGCCAGUUUGGGUGCAACUGUAAGCUAACGCUUUUAUAAAGUUUUGAAAAAUUAUAUACAAAAGUGCUACAAACUUCUUAAAAAGUAGAACAAAACAGUUUUAGUACCGAAAGUGAAAUAUAAUGACGAAUGUUGAUCUGCAACGCGAGCGGCUGUGUGCAACCAUUUCGAGUAAAGACUUUGCGGAGUGGUGGGCAGGUGGUCGCGCUGCACUACACGCACGCAGAGCUUUAGCUAAGCUUUUCAUAGAGGAUGCCGAUUUGACGGACCCCCAACACACAUCGCUGAUGUCGCACAAAGAGCUUUAUGAGUACACAAUUGCGAAAGCUUGCAAAUUUCUUAGCAAACUGCGCGCAUGGCAUGCAGCCAAUGCUCACAGCAAAGCCAAUGCAGAGCAGAGCGCGAUUGCAAUGCUAUAUGAUUUUCGAAUGCUGCUGGCUGGUCCAUUGGGUACGGCGUUGUUUCAGCAAAACUUGCCGCUGCGCUUGCAUUUUUCGAUGUUUUUGCCAGCAUUGUUGGGCCAAAGUACGGAGGCGCAGCAACGUGAAUGGUUCUUCCGUUGGCGCAUGGACGGCAUUAUCGGCACGUAUGCGCAAACGGAGUUGGGGCAUGGCACUUUUAUACGCGGACUCGAGACAAGCGCCGAUUACGAUGUGCAAAGUGAAGAAUUCAUUUUGAAUACACCAACGCUAACGGCCUACAAAUGGUGGCCCGGUGGUUUGGGUCAAAGCGCCAACAUGGUAAUUGUCAUGGCGCAAUUGUAUAUAAAAGGGAAACAUCACGGUUUGCAUUCAUUUUUGUUGCGCAUACGUAAUGCAGACACACAUCUGCCGGAACCGGGUGUAGAUGUGGGCGAGAUCGGACCAAAGUUGGGUGUGAAUGGUGUGAAUAAUGGUUUUCUGGGGCUAAAGGACGUGCGCAUACCGCGCACGCAAAUGUUAAUGAAACAUGCACAGGUGCGUCCUAAUGGACGCUUUGUGAAAGGGCCCGAACCGUUGCUUACCUAUGGUACCAUGGUGUUUGUGCGUGUAAUGAUCGUGCGCGAUGUUUCCUUCUGUUUACUACAAGCGGCUACGAUAGCAACCAGGUAUUCGGCAGUACGACGUCAGAGUCCAAUUGCAACCGACCAAACUGAGCCACAAAUAUUGGAUCAUACCACUCAACAGGCGAAGUUGUUUCCACAAAUCGCAAAUGGUAUAUUCUUUCGUAUUGCAGCGGACGUUGUAUGGGUUAUGUAUCAAAAUGUUGUGAAGGAAUUGGAUGCGGGUGAGCGUCGCAGCCUGCCCGAGCUACAUGCUUUGUCCUGCUGCCUCAAAGCAUACUGCUCAACGGUGUCCGAAGAAGGUGUUGAAGUGCUACGCAAAUCCUGCGGCGGUCACGGUUAUUUGAGCUCGUCAAAUUUUCAACAAAUCUAUGGAACCGUCACUGCCGCAUGCACUUACGAAGGCGAAAAUACGGUUUUAUUGCUGCAAACUGCACGCUUCCUCGUCAAACAAUAUGUGGAGGGCCUGAAACGGAAAGUACUGCCACAAAGCGUCAGAUAUCUGCGUAAUGCAACGCGUCCUAAAUGGUGUAAUACUAUUGAGCUAAAAAUGCUAACGGAACUCUUGGAGUUUACGGCUACCGAAAGCAUUCGUACGCUUUACGAGUAUCAAAGACAACAGCGUAAACUUUUGAAAUCGGCAGUGUUAGUGGCCAAUAAAGCUGGCAUACGUUUGACACAGGUUGCCACGUUACAUGCACGCGCAUUUCUAGCACGCACCGCAUUGGAAGAGCUCGAAAAGUUUUGUAAACACCUGAAACCUGUUUUGGCGGACGUUCUCACGCAGUUGGCUGAGUUGUUCGUACUGGAAUUGUGUUUGAGUAGUCUGGGUCACAUUUUAAUGUCUUAUCCGUUAGACACGCGACAAGUCGAUCAGCUGCAGUCUCGCUACGAACAGUUGCUGGCGGACUUUCGUGUCAAUGCCGUCGCUGUGGUCGAUGGUUUCGAUUUCGACGAUCGUGUGUUGGGCUCCACCUUAGGUUGCUAUGAUGGACGUGUCUACGAACGUCUGAUGGCGGAGGCGCGGAAAAGUCCCUUGAAUCAAGAGUCGGUUAAUAGCACAUUUCAUACACACCUUAAACCGUUAAUGCAAGGCAAAUUGUGAAUACUUGUCGCCUAGAAAUAUGCUUUAUUGUUAAAGUAGUUAACUGAAAAUUAGUUUAAGUGCGAAAGAAGGCACUCUGCAGCAUGAGAUCUGUCUCUGUAAGUUCACUGUUUUAUUAGUCUUCAUUUCCCAUAAGGUAUAUGGUGUCUGCUUAGACUUUCUUUGCUUAUAUUUGUUUCAUGUCAAGCCUUUUAUAUUUUCUUAAGCUGCGAACAACAC